AUGCUUCGUCCGUCAACAACUAUUCGUUCUAGAUCAUUUUUUCCACGCAAUCAAGCUCAUACACCAAUGCCAUCACCAGCAUAUCGAACAUCGAUUGGCGCUACUUGCCAAUCAAAUGUUCAUCAUCCUGAUUAUGAUUAUCAAUAUUUAAUUGAAGAAAGACAACGUAUUGGUUAUACAGGAACUGGACUUAUUUUUUCUAAGCAAACAGAAGUUGAUGAAAUUCUUUCAAAAAAUAUUGAUGUACUAUUUGGAAUAUGGUUUUCUUUGAAUUGUCCACGUGAACCACUAACUGAAAAUAUUAAUGAAAGACAAUUUAUACCGAAACGUUUAAGUCAACAUGAAAAAUUAAAUAUUUUAUUUAGUGAUAAGAGUAAUUCAAUAGUAUCUUCAAAAGAAAAUGCAAAUAAAUCUCAAAUAUCAUCAUCAUCAUCAAAUGAAUAUCAUUGUACUCAUUUAAGAACAAUAAAUAAUGAAAUAAGUCAAUUAUCAUGUCAUUUAUCAUAUCAUCAACAUUCUCAACAAAUAAAAUCUCAUAAACAAUUAUCCAUAUUAAAAUAUUCUCAAAGUUAA